GGUCAGACAUGGGUGGCAUGUCUGAAGACUGCAGGCCAGGAACCUCCAGGGAGCUGGGUUGGCUGAGGCCGAUCAAAAUUGAGCCAGAGGAUCUGGACAUCUUUCAGGUCACUGUCCCAGAAAAUUACGACGCAAGGCUCUCACGGAUUGACAUUGCCAACACGCUAAGGGAGCAGGUCCAGGAGCUUUUCAAUAAGAAAUACGGGGAAGCCUUGGGCAUCAAGUACCCGGUUCAGGUCCCCUACAGGUGGAUCAAGAGUAACCCCGGCUCUGUGAUCAUCAAGGAGCUGCCCCCAGGAAUCCCGUUCCGAAAGCCCUGCACCUUCGGCUCCCAGAACCUGGAGAGGAUUCUUGCCAUGGCUGACAAGAUCAAGUUCAUAGUCACCAGGCCUUUCCAAGGACUCAUCCCAAAGCCUGAUGAAGAUGACACCAAGAGACUCGGGGAGAAGCUGAUCCUGCAGGAGCAGGUGAGGCCCUGCCUGAACCGGCCGGUGCUGGUCCCUUAUAAACCGAUCUGGGACAGCCCAGACACCGUGGAGGUCACAGGUCUACCUGAUGACAUCCCCUUCCGGAACCCCAACAUGUACGACAUCCACUGGCUGGAGAAGAUCUUGAAGGCCCGAGAGCAUGUCCACAUGGUCAUCGUUAACCAGCUGCAACCCUUUGCAGAAAUCUGUAAUGAUGCCAAGGAACCAGCCAAGCUCUGAGCACUUACAGUUCUCUAACUGUUGGGAGCUUAGUCAGAAGCAUCUGGAACACUGGUGGUGGAAGAGUUUGCUGUAAGACCUGCAGUAACUGCUGUGGCUGUCCACACACAGCAAUUGCAUUUGUCAGAUGGUCUACACCCUUCUCAUAUUCACCUUGAGCUAGUAACUCUUCACCAAGCUGUAUUUCUUCAAGGAAGAACUUCUGAACAGCUUCAGCAUCUUUAAGGUCAGGUAACUUGGAAAGCCCAGCUCUCUCCUUGGCAAGCUUCUGUUUCUUUCUUCAAUCUCAAAGCCUGUUCUUGAAGUUGGGGUCACUUUGUCUUUUGUGGUCGAAGUAGAUGCAGUACCCAAUAAGAAGGGCCCCAGCACUCAUUCUUUAAUUAAACUUCAUUUAGCUGCCAUCUGUCUUGGUUCGAAAUGGCGUUAUUAACUUAUAUAUAAUUUGCCUUAUUCAUGGUUGAAAAAGCCCAGCCAAGUGAAGGACUCUUCUACCCAGGACCGUGGGGAGUGAUGCCCAACACAUGUCAUCUGUUUCCGUAGGAUGAACACAAUCUCUGAUCAAGUGCUGAGAGGCGGAGUGUCUGUACGGCCUGGUCCUUGUGCUCCCUGAUGCAAAGUGAGCUUCCUCAGCCAUGCUGCCUUCUCACACAGAAGCAUUCACCUGUCAUGGGCCUGAGUGACCUGUCACAUCCCCAAAACCAACACCUGCCUAGUCCCUUCUCCACAACGCCAAGAACUCACUUACUCACCAGAUUGGUGAAAUAGUAGCCAUCCUCUCCAGUCAUCAGUCGGCUUGGAUUGCAGAAGCGCGUGAUAUACUGGAUAUUAGACUGAAGGCGUGGGGGGUUGCCCUUCAAAACAAUGUAGAUGAGGGUGGGGAGGAAGUCAUCCGCUGACGCCGGCUCGUUCUUGGUGAUCUUGAUGGCAUUGAAGACGUGCUUGCUGCACUUGGUGAUGCAGGCCAACUUGUCU